GGGAGAGGCGGUGGCCGCGGGCGCCGGGCCGCGGACCUGUCAGACCCGCGGAGCCGGCCUGGAGCUGCGGGCGCUGCAGGCGAGAUCGGCCCCGCUCCCCCGCGGCUCCGGGCCGAGCCGCGCGAGCCGGGCGCCCCCGAGCCGAGCGGGGGCGGGGAGAUGAGCGGCGGCCCCGCGGCGGCGCCCCACACCGACGCGCCGCCCCCUCGCGGAGCCGCGGCGCCUCCGCGCUGGCCCUGCGCCCCCCGCCGCCCGGGCUUCGGAACUUGUGGGCUGUGAUGGGGCGCCUUUAAUCGCUACCGUGUUUCGUUUCCCACAGGAUGGGGAGGGACGCGCGGCGGCGCCAUCGGGAGCGGGCGCACCGGUGAAGUCGGGGCCGCCGGCCGUGCCAGCCGCGAGCCGUUCCGCGCGCGGCGCGCCGCCUCUGCCAUGGCCGGAUCCGGCGCGUGGAAGCGCCUCAAAUCUCUGCUGAGGAAGGACGACGCGCCGCUGUUUCUAAAUGACAACAGCGCCUUUGACUUCUCGGACGAGGCGGGGGACGAGGGGCUUCCUCGGUUUAACAAACUUCGAGUGGUGGUGGCGGACGAUGGUUCCGAAACCCCGGAGAGGCCUGUUAAUGGAGCGCACCCGGCGCUCCAGGCCGACGACGAUUCCCUGCUGGACCAGGACCUGCCUUUGACCAACAGCCAGCUGAGCCUGAAGGUGGACCCGUGCGACACCUGCAGCAGGCGCAGGGAGCUGCUGAAGCAGAGAAAGGUGAAGACCAGGUUGGCCAUUGCCGCCGUUCUCUACUUGCUCUUCAUGGUUGGAGAGCUCGUAGGUGGAUACAUUGCAAAUAGCCUAGCAGUCAUGACAGAUGCACUUCAUAUGUUAACUGACUUAAGUGCUAUCAUACUGACCCUGCUUGCUUUGUGGCUGUCUUCAAAAUCACCAACCAAAAGAUUCACCUUUGGAUUUCAUCGCUUAGAGGUUUUGUCAGCUAUGAUUAGUGUGCUGUUGGUGUAUAUACUUAUGGCAUUUCUCCUAUAUGAAGCUGUCCAAAGAACUAUCCAUAUGAACUAUGAAAUAAAUGGAGAUAUAAUGCUCAUUACCGCAGCUGUUGGAGUUGCAGUCAAUGUAAUAAUGGGGUUUCUGUUGAACCAAUCUGGUCACCAUCAUGCCCAUUCCCACUCCCUGCCUUCAAAUUCUCCUACCACAGGUCCUGGGUAUGGGCACAACCAUGGGCAGGAUAGCUUGGCAGUGAGAGCUGCAUUUGUACAUGCUUUGGGGGAUUUGGUACAAAGUGUCGGUGUGCUAAUAGCUGCCUACAUCAUACGAUUCAAGCCAGAAUACAAGAUUGCUGAUCCCAUCUGUACAUAUGUAUUUUCAUUACUUGUGGCUUUUACAACAUUUCGCAUUAUAUGGGACACAGUAGUUAUAAUACUAGAAGGUGUACCAAGGCAUUUGCACGUUGACUAUAUCAAAGAAGCCUUGAUGAAAAUAGAAGAUGUCCAUUCCGUGGAAGAUUUAAAUGUCUGGUCUCUCACUUCAGGAAAGCCCAUGGCCAUUGCACACAUACAGCUAAUUCCUGGAAGUUCAUCUAAAUGGGAGGAGGUACAGUCCAAAGCCAGGCAUUUGUUGUUGAACACAUUUGGCAUGUAUAAAUGUACUAUUCAGCUUCAGAGUUACCGGCAAGACGUGGACAGAACUUGUGCAAACUGCCAGAAUGCCAGCUCCUAACUGAAGAUGUCUGGGGGACUACUGCCUUAUUUACCCUGCAGUCACAGACGAGAGCAAUAAAUGCACUUGAACGGGAGAAUGGAAUUCCUGAGAGCCGUGCCCAGGCACUGGCCUCGCAGUCAGCCUGAGAGCGCUAGUUUCUGUCCAAUGGUAAAGUGAGACUUCACCAUGAUUUUCAGAUGAAGAUGUUUCCAAAACAGUUUACAGAAUGAGACGUGACUCUACAGAUACCUCAGAGAAGACAAUCGAAGACCGUACUUCACAAUCAGCAGAGCAUGUGUCAUGAAGGAAGCAUCAAGAGUUCUGUAUUUGCAUUUAAAAAUCCUUUUUAAAGCCCAUUUCUAUCAAGCCAGUGCUGGAAAACUGAUUUUUUAAUGUAAUCUUGAUACCCAGCUUCUGGAAUUUGACACCCAGCUCUCUCUUUUUACAGAAAUUAUUUCUCAGCAGAUUUCAGAAAGUACUAGUAAUUAUCCAGAGUGGAAUAAGCAUGUAUUCCUAAAUGUUUCAGAAAUGUUUUAUUUCACAAGUAAGUCUUAUUGGUAUUAUUAUACUUUAUAAACAAAAUUUUCCAGAUAUUACAGGGUUUUGAAUCUCAAUUUUUGGUUAUUUGUAAUCUUAUCAGAACCCCAUCUUUAUGUAUUGUGGUCACUGUCAUUAAAUUGCUUAGGAAAUAUUUUCAGUUUAUUCUGAAUGGCAGAAGUUAAUCUUAAACUGGAAUUACUAUAUGAUAAUUUGAACAAAUAUAGGAGCAGGGAUGGGGUAUGGAGUUUCAGAUUUAAGUCUUUCUGAAAUCACUUUUAUUGUCCAUGGAAUUUAUCUUUGCUUAUGAACAGCAAGCGACGCAAAAUGCAAACAGUGAUGCUCUGUCCUUUUAGAAAUUGCCUUAUGUUUUGUACAGAAAGUUUGCUUGGUACCUUGCUUCCUGCCUCCAUACCAGGUCAUCUGCUUGUGCCUUUCAGGGUAGAGCUCUAGAGGGCCAUGGUUCAGUUUAAUACCCGUCUCUCCCAUGCAGAUUAACUACAUUUCUCCAGAGAGAAUUUCUGUGUGAUGACAUGGAUUAGGAAUCCUCCACGGGCUCCAGAAACCCUAAGAUAUAAUUUUGAGGUUUUCCAAUAAUACCAUAGCAGAAAUGCUGAAAGGGAUUGGGGGAAGACAUGAUUUUCAGAAGACAAAAAUUUUAAGGGUUUUGGAGUGUGUGUGUGUGUGUGUGUGUGUGUGUGUUAAAGCACUGGAAUAGGAUGGAUGGACAUUAAAUCUGUGUGGUAGGGAAGUUAAGCAUAAAAGUUUCCAAACAGAAGGCAACCUAACGUAACAGUUGUAUUAAAGAGGCAACUGUGAAUAUUCCUGUCAACUGUUGGUUUUGGGAUUAUAUUUAGUGCACGUUAGGGAGUCCAUUUUCAGCAGAGAAUCAGGAUAAAGUAACAUGUACCAGACAGGCUGUGAGAUGAAAUCCUAGAUAGGCAGGCCAAUGACUUAAAAUGUAAGUGAAGAAUAUGAAACAGAUUUCAUCUUUCUGCCAAGGACCUCACUAUAAGUAAACCUAAGGUAAAACCUGGAUUCACCUAAAAGAUUGUUAAGCGUCAAUGGUGUCCAACAAAAGUUUUAGUGAGUGUUAAUAGUACCUAGUAAAGCCCAGCAUUUGUUGAAUUGAAUUGAAAAUUUUAUAGGAUUCUUACUGUAAAUCCAUUUAAAAUAAUGAUUUUAAUUUUUCAAAAAUUUUAGGAACAUAUAAUAAAAAAUACUCCUUUAUUAUAUAAUGUCCUGUAUUUCAAAAAAUACUUGUAAAUGUAGAAGGCAAGUGAGAAUAAACAAGAAGCAUGUCAGUGCCCAUCUGGGCAUUUAUGACUUUGGGCGCCUAGCAGAGGAAGGAAGAGAAUGUGCCUGUGCUAAUAGGUUUCUCCACAUUUGCAGCUGUUCCCAUAUCUACUGAGCUCGUUUCUUGUAAACUUUCUUUUAUCUUAAAUAGGUUUAUCUAACUUUUCACAUCGACCUGUUCCUUGAAAAGUUAUUGAGUAAAACAGUCUGAAAUCUACUUGAGGAUUGAAAAGGAUCCUUUUGGAUAAUGGAGAAACACUGACAACUUUUGUAAAUCUUAAUUAUUUUCUGUUUAAAAUUAGGUACACAUGAAGUUUUCUGUGCUUUGUUGUUUUGUGGGGGUUUUUUUGCAGCAACUACAGAUUUUAUGCUUGUAUUUUACUGGAUCUGUGAGAUUUGAUAAUUGAUAGAUUUAACUCUUUGUAACUUGACAAAACCCAUAGAGAAGGAUGUGAACUUAGCAGAUGGGAGCAGGGGCUGCACAGCGUCUGACAGAGACACAGAGAAAGAGCCAUCCCUUGUCCUGUGAAAAGCACAGCUGAGCCUGGAUUAACACCUACCAUUGUUCACUUUGCACUGGGAAAACAUCAUAACAAAAACUGGGCAGUCUUCAGUGCGAUGUGUUUUUAUUAACAUUUGCAAAUAAUCAAAGUUGUGUACAUAAACCUGUGUUUCACAAGUCUGGCCAGACUAGCCUUUUGAUUUAUCUUAGGAAAAGGCCUAUUGUUUCGUUGAUGACUGUACUGCCUUAGAAAUACACCGUGGGGAAUGCAGUUGAAUAAGCAUAUUUCAGAGAGCUUUGAAAUGCAGAACCAAAAUUACGUCAUUCCCACAUGCAUUUUCCAUUAGCUCUGCCUGUGGAGCAUGAGCCCAGAUUUUCACACCUGCGGCUCCCGUCAGUAUUAUUUGCCAGCUCACUGGGUUUCUUAUCUUUCUGUUUCUUUUUCAACUCUGGAUGCCAUAUUUCCAUUUCUGAACCGAAGUUUCCUGCUCUUAGGAGUCUCAGUGUUCUAGUUCUGUCUCUUGAACCCAGAGGUCCUCACUGACAGUGUUAAUCUUUGGUAGAAUUUUCCCAGAAUAAACAGACAUCAGCUUCCCUUUCUUUUUAAUGUGAGAAAAAAACAUCUUUCAGAAACACAGCACCAUUUUAAAGAUGCUUCAGGGUGGGAAAAACCAUUUUUCCAACAGCUGAUUGUUCUGAUUCAGAAUCUCUGCACACAAUGCGGGCGGGAGAAACAGCACACUGCAGACAUGAGUGAAGGUCAUCGCUAAUGAGGUGCCGGCCUGUGCUGCUUGAACUCCCACGCCCACUCCUGUGGAAGGGAGACUCGCUCACUUCUGAAACAAGCACAGUCAGCUAAAUUUAUUUUCUUUUUAUGCAUUUAUGUUCAUUGUUUCGUCAUAAGGAAUGAGGUGUUCUUAGAGAAACUGAGCCCCUUUAGUACAAGGUUUUAGGCAAUUUUUCUGCUUACUGUACUUUUCAUACAGUAAUUUAAAGGUACAGACUAUCUUCCUAAGUAUAAGAUCAGUUCAUUUGGUUCAGUUUGUCUUUGAACCACGCUUCGCUCAUGAGCCAUCUGGGUAAUAGUCACAAAUGAAGUGACAUUUCGCUAUGCUGUGUUGAGGGGAGGCAAGUGUGAUCUCCAAGUAACUGAUUAAGCUUAAUAUCUUUCUAACCAAAAUGCCUAACCGCAGAUCUGUUAUGUGAAUCGCCAGGCAGGGCUUGAGACUUGUUUCACAGAUUACCAGGCAGGGACAUCAUUUGUGGUGGUGGUGGGAGCACAGAAGUUGGAGGGGAUAACUUGUGGGAGCUCCUCAGCAUUGAAUUGUGUGUAUGCGUUCGGCCAGCCUGUCAUCGAGUUCUGGCUGCAAAGGGGUUAACCUAUUCUUCUAGUUAUACUGUGAGGACCAACAAACAGUUUCUGAUAUCCAGUAAGAUUGGAAAACAUUUAUGGGGACUUUCUCUGACAGUGUCAGUUUAAGUACUGCAAUUACUUGUUUUCUGAAAUAAUUACAACAGAAAACUGGGAUGUGCCAGUAUGUCUGCUUUGCACCUGGAAGUUACUGUACAUCUGGAAGGUGUGUGCUUCUCUAAAUAGAUGUUGCUGAGUAAGCCAUAUCACAGUGGAACAAGGCGUAGAUACUCUUCCACAUACCCCUUCAGAAACCAGUAUUUUGCAUAUGAUUGAUUUUAGAACGAUUUGGAAGCUGGUGUUUGUCCAUGUAAUUUAAAAUCAAAGUAUAGUAUAUGUACUGUAUUUACAAUUUUUAAAUUGUAAUUUCCUAUGCCUUUAUUAAAUAAAGUAUUGUUUUGCCAUGUGGUUUAUUAAAAAUGAAAAUGUACAGUUCCUUAAAUUAAUUCUGGGUUUCUAUUGAGUAAGUCAUAGUAGUAGGCCUCAAAACGUAUCUUCUUAAAAAGCAAUGGAAAAUAGAUGAUAACCCAUCCAGUUUUAUAAUCUCAGAUUGUAAUGCCCUCUUAGAUGUUUAAGAAACAAGCCUGAAAAAAAUCUCCCAAAUAGGAUAAAAAGAUACUAAAGAACCUUCAUCUUUUUGUUUUAUAUCAGUCACUUUUAAUGUCCCACCAGCCCAGCAACAGCGACAGAAAGGAAAGAAAGAAGCCCCCAGAAAGUAAGAUUGGUGAAGACACGGCCAAGUCCGAGAGCAAAGAUCUAGUGUCUCUCCAAGAACGUAGAUGGGGGGUCAGCAAACCUUACCUCACGGGCCAGGGCCAAAGCACUGAGAAUGGAUUUUACAUUUUAAAAUGGUUUUUAAAAAUCAGAAUAAUAAUAUAUUAUGAUGUGAAAAUUCUAUGAACUUUAAAUUUCAAUGCUGAAAUCCCAGUUUGUCUGUGACCACUCAAUUAUGCCUGUUGUCCUGGCAUAAUUAACAACAGCAUCUCCUUUUAUUCUCAAAGUGGCCAGUUUAUGAUAAUAAAUGAUGAGGUCACCCUAAAAAAAGAAGUCAGUGUCUGUCAAUAAAAUGUUAAACACAACCACUCAUUCAGUUACGUGCUGUCUGGCCGCUUGCAUGCCGCAGUAGCAAAGUUAAGUAGUUACAACAAUAUAAAGCGUGUACCAUCUGUCCCGUCGGAGGAGAAGUUUGCCAACCCCUGGCGGAAGUCCCCUGUUGUACCCUUUGAGGCCUGGCAGCAUAUGCGGAUGCAGCAAGCCCUUCGAGAGCCCACUUAGAAGCUGCUGAGACUGGUCCCUCAGAGGCUAGCUGAGUCACCGAAGGCUCUCUUCUUCCCUUUGAUCCAUUUUCUUGUCUUUAUCCCCCUUGGAGUUUGGGCAGAAAUACAGGAAAAGAGUAGCAAGUUUCAGAUGUUACCUAUGCACCAUAAGCUGUAUCUAAUGUUCACUAGCAAAGCAGUUUUCUACCCAGAACAACAUGAUCAGAAUCGUUUAACAAUACUUUUCAUCAUAAAGUUUUAUUCACUUGAUUUUUAAUUUUUUUACUAAAGUUAUGACAAAAAGGAAAUAAAAAUGUAUGUAUGUUGAGUACCUUAUGCAGUUUGUGCCAAGUGAAAGCUCACAAAUGCAAACACUUUCUCUGCUAAGAUGUUUGUGAAGUUUUUAAAAGAAUGUUCUUAAAAGUUUUCCAGUUACCUAGGAAAAGACUCAACUAUUUUUGAAAAUAGUAAUAAAAUAAAGUUUUAAAUAAGUUAUUCUAGCAAAUAAAGAGAUGUUGCAUAUUGUUUAUCUA